AUGGCAAUUGGAGGGAUAAUUGUUGUGCUAUUGCUAUGCCUCUUGUCGGUGGUGCGGGGGGAAGACCCCUAUCUCUUCUUUACAUGGAACGUUUCAUACGGCACCCUCUCUCCGUUGGGUAUACCCCAGCAAGUCAUUCUCAUCAACGGCAAAUUCCCAGGACCCAAUAUCAAUUCCACCAGCAACAACAACGUUGUUGUCAAUAUCUUCAAUAAUCUUGACGAGCCUCUUCUUUUUACAUGGCAUGGAGUCCAACAAAGAAAGAAUUCGUGGCAAGACGGCGUUCCCGGAACAAACUGCCCCAUUUCUCCAGGGACAAACUACACGUACCGUUUCCAGGUGAAGGACCAGAUAGGUAGUUUCUUCUACUACCCGAGCACAGGCAUGCACAGGGCAGCUGGUGGUUUUGGUGGGCUCCGCAUAAACAGCCGAUUGCUCAUUCCUGUGCCAUACCAUGAUCCCGAGGACGAAUACACGGUUGUGAUGUGUGACUGGUACACAAAGAGCCACACCACUCUGAAGAAGUUCUUGGAUAGUGGUCGCUCCAUUGGCAGGCCUGAAGGUGUUCUCAUCAACGGCAAAAAUGCUAAAGGUGACGGAAAAGACGAGCCACUGUUCACGAUGAAGCCCGGAAAGACCUACAAAUACCGCGUAUGCAAUGUAGGGAUUAAGAACUCCCUCAACUUCAGGAUCCAAGGUCACUCGAUGACGCUGGUUGAGAUGGAAGGAUCCCACGUGGUGCAAAACGCCUACGACUCUCUGGACCUCCAUGUAGGGGGGUGCGUCUCUGUCCUUGUAACCGCAGACAAGGAGCCAAAGGAUUACUACAUAGUGGCUUCCACGCGUUUCACCAAGUCUGUUCUGACAGGUAAAGGCAUCAUCCGUUACACAAAUGGUAACGCUGGUCCCUCGUCUGACAUCCCCGAAGCUCCAACUGGCUGGGCUUGGUCUCUCAAUCAAUUCCGUUCCUUCCGCUGGAAUCUCACUGCCAGUGCCGCCAGACCCAACCCUCAGGGUUCUUACAAAUACGGUAAGAUCGAUAUCACCCGUACCAUCAGAAUCGUCAACUCCGUUAAAAGGGAACAGGGUAAGAUUCGCUAUGCCCUCAAUGGUGUCUCCCACGUCGACACCGAAACUCCACUCAAGCUAGCUGAAUACUAUGGAGUUGCUGACAAGGUUUUCCAAUAUAAUUCUAUCCAAGACGACCCACCCGCUAGCGUUGUAAACAAUAUCGAAAUUAAAGCAAAUGUUCUGAACAUUACCCAUCGUAAAUUCGUCGAGAUCAUCUUUGAGAAUCCUGAAAAAUCAAUCCAGUCAUAUCACUUGAAUGGUUAUGCGUUCUUCGCAGUCGCCAUAGAGCCCGGCACAUGGGCGCCAGAUAAAAGGAUUAACUACAACGCUCUGGAUGCCGUGAGCAGACACACAAUUCAGGUCUUCCCAAAAUGUUGGGCCGCCGUCAUGCUGUCAUUCGAUAACGUUGGAAUGUGGAACCUGAGAUCCAUGAUUGCUGAAAAUCAGUAUCUUGGCCAGCAGCUAUACAUUAGUGUUAUAACCCCCGAGCGUUCUCUCAGAGACGAGUACACUAUGCGAGAUGAACAACUCCUUUGCGGUAUUGUUAAGGAUUUGCCAAGGCCACCACCAUACGUCUAA